AUGAAGAGCAACGAGACUGUCGAUCAGAAGAAGAAGCAGAAAGAGGAGAAGACUCUACAGAUGGCCGAUACGAAGAACGAGGACAGCAAGCUUGCUGGCCCUGCGGGCAAAGUUGCCCGCGCUUCCACCGCACAGCACCAGCAGCACGAGAAGCCUCGUCGCGUCGUCAAGCCUCGUCCUCAGCACGCGAGCUCCCUCGAGACCGCGGACGAUGACGAGUAUGACGACUGCUGGGACCCUUACUAUGAGGAUCCGCCGGCCAAGGAUGACAAAGUUGUCGAGGAGGACUUUGUCCUUUUGAAGAAGCCUGGCCCGUCUCGUUAA